UGAAAACAGACCGCGCAGUGUCGUCAUAUCCGGGAGGCAGUACAUACUGGCUGCUGAUUCACUUCAGAAAUAAACAUCGUCCUGUUUUUAUGAAAUAUAAACAUGUCAGUAUAAUAAACUGUGGAAACUCAGCGAUAAUACUUUCCGACAGCUUACCAUGGUCCCUACAGACUUUAAAGCCCUGAUCCAGAGGUUUUACCAGCUUCAGUCGGAGCGGGUGGAGACGUAUCAGCUCUUUGAAGAAGGACACGAGGCCUACUUGAGGACGGGGCCCCAUUAUGACUUCGACCACUACAAGCAGCUGGUGCAUGAGAUCACUCUGGCCUUUAAUGGCAUCUCCAAAGAAGUCCUGGAGAUUAAGGAGAAGCUGCAUCACGAAUUCGACCGACCUGCCCUCUCUGAGCACAUGGAGAAGCUGCAGUGCAAAGAGAAGCAGAAACUUGAACUGACAGCCAAGCUGCAGCUGGCCAGGCAGCGGGCCCAGGAUCACCCCGAGGACGAGGACUGUCAAGAACAGAUUCAGGAGAUCAAGCACGAGAUCAUCAAGAACAAAGAGGCUCUGAGUGAGAUCCUGCAGGACUUUAAGUAUGACUCUGAGGAGUGUGAUUGACAGGCAGCUCCCAGGAGGCCUGCAGGCGGAGCGACUGACGGAUGCAACUUCCCUCCUCAGCUGCAUGUAUCGAUCCUCUGACUCCGCCCUGCUGGCUGCUGCAUUCUUCCUCCACCCAGGGGACGUUUCUCAUUCAGGCUCUGUGUGUUUCUAUCUGUGGUCAUGUGUUUGUGUUAAUGCACGCUUCAGCAGAAAAUAAAUGAAAUUUGUAAAUACUCUGAGGUUAAAUAAUUCCUGGAGGUUCAUCCCAUCCCCCCAUCUUUGUUUACUUAAUGCAUUGUUUUUAAAUAAAAAAGAGAAGAUUGA